GGCAUUAUUAUUGUUAUUAUAAUUAUUAUCAUAAUUAUUAUCAUCAUUAUUAUCAUCAUCAUUAUUUCCCCUUCUUCUUAUUCCUGCUCUUUUCUACUUGUGGAUGUGUGACGUGCGGACGCGACAAGAGCUGCACCCACGAACUCGGAAUAUGACCCCCGUCUUCAUCUUAUGCGCAUGUUGUGCUACACCCGGUAGUCUACGGAAUUGCCGCGCCCGGUAUGUUUCGUCGGUGCUGCUGCCCGUUUCGAAACUUCCCUUCAUUGAACAGUGAACAACAUCACGUUGAUUUUGCAUACCCGUCAUCAUCUUGUCCUUGUAUCAUACAACUUGUAUGUACCGUACCUGGCCUGGCCUGGCCUGGUCCCGUCAUCUCGACGGCGGGGAAUCUGCUGAGUACGUUGAGUCAAACGAUUUCGUUUGCAAUCUCUCUCCACAGCUCACAGCUCACAGCUCACAGCUCACAGCUCACAGCUCAUGGAGACAAACCCGUCUCAUCCGCGCCGAAACCCUUCAUAAUGCCGCCACUCUUUUUAUCUCGGGUGAUAAAUGAGGCGGAUAGUCAAGACUGGUUUAGGGUAACGAUGUCGUUAUCUGACGAUUACAGUCUUAAGCAAUGCAACAUAAAUUCCCCACAGUAUACGACGCCUUAUCCUUGUGCAAUACCUUGCAAGUGCGUGCCGUUAAUCGUCUUUUCCCAUAGUUAUUCAAUAUCGACGAUCAGUUACCGCAACAUUCCCCUAACUUGGUACCGGAACCUGGGUGAUCAAAUUGACGUACAGAAAUCUGCUUCUUCACCUUCGGUGAUGGCUUGGGUUUUAGCCCUUUCCCCCUCUUCCGCGUGGUUGCACUCUCAUUCUAGUCAUGAGUAGACGUUUCAUAACUGAAGAAAGUCGCCGAACAAUUCAAGUGUACUUUCAUUAAAGCUCCAUGCAACACAGCGGUGGAGAUAGCUGUCUUGUCAGCUGAGCGCAUCGUACACGUAGCUUGACGAUCAGAAAACCGUUUGCGAAUAGUACAACUUCGUACAAUCUCACGGUCAAGACUCCACAACUAUUUUUCUCCCCGAGCUGGCCAAGUUUUCCACUGCUUUAUCUCCUUGGCGCUAGAGCAGGCUAGGCUAUGGAACAAAUCCGUAACGUUCUAGAAAAGUGCUGGCAGGAUAGUCCCUGUCGGACCAUG